UUUAAGGUAUUAUUUUUUGGGGGGCAAUUUAGAAUAUAACUAAUUUACUUGAUCUCCAUGUUUUUGGACCUUGCCUUUUUUAACAACCUGCAAAUAUGUGCUUAUUAUUUCAGUUCACUGUAGUAUGCCUACUGACUGAAAUAACAGGAGUGUGAGGCAAUGUAGUGAACUGUCAACAUGGAAUACCCUUGAACCUUAGAUUAAUUAUUUAGAUAUUAAUGCAGAAUGCCAAAAACUCUUGGGAAUUGCCCAGUGAAUAACUGGAGUGUGGGUUUGACAAAGCAUACCAACCUGCAGGAUUACAACACAGCCCCAAGAGAAAAAAACAAGGUGUAUAUACAGAGGCAUGGACAAGAUAUCAGCCUUUAAUCAGCUGUUGGAAGUGCAUUAUUGUACACAUGUUUUGUCUGACUGUACAAACAGCAAUACUUCAAUAUAGCAAUACUUGCAGUAUCUUUAUAGAAGAUAAUUUAACAUAAAGUGUCUAUGUAAGACGUUAACUAAUGUUCUCAUGUUUAAAUAAGAAUAAUGUACAUGUAAUUUAAUGUACAACAAAUAAUACUGUCCUUUUAAAAUUUAAAGAGCAUUAGUGGUUGUAUCAAACAGCAAAAAAAAAAAAAAACUGAAAUGAGUAAAUCUGUAAUAAUUGGAAGAUACAUUUUAACACCUUGCUACUGUAGUUUGUUGUAGUGAGCACACUUUUUGACUUUACCAUGGUGUUAACCACCAUCCAAGGUCUCCCUAUUGGAAAUUUUUCCUUUACAGCCUUCCAACUGAAUGGUUUCAGUUCGUUGGGAGAAUGGCGACGCUUUUUGUUCAUACCAUAUUUCUUAUUGAUUUUAUUGUGCGCUGUCGCAAACUCCAUACUGAUAUUUUUAAUUAUAACACGGAGAGCUCUGCACUCUCCAAUGUUUGUAUUAAUUGGUGUAAUGGCUGUUAUGGAUCUGCUUAUGCCAAUAUUUGUUGUACCAAACAUGCUGCUAAGCUUUUUAUUUGACUGGAAUCAGAUUUCUCUUGUGGGCUGUUUAAUGCAGAUAUUUUGGGUUCAGUUUUUUGGAACAUUUCAGUCUACUCUUCUGCUCUGGAUGUCUCUGGAUCGGUUCUUUGCUAUAUGUAGACCUCUUUCUUAUCACAAACACAUGCAAAUAACCAGCUUUCUGAAAUUUGUCAUUGCACCAAUUAUCAGAAACCUGCUCGUUAAUAUCACUUUGGUGUCUCUGGCUGGAAAAUUGCAUUUUUGUAUGAAGAAUGAGAUUGAUCAUUGUUUUUGUGAACACAUGGGUUUAGUCCAGCUGGCAUGUGAAGAUACAACUCUGAAUAACAUACUAGGACUUUCAGGUCCUUUUAUAAUAACAACUGCAGAUUUUAUUUUUAUAACAGUAUCUUACGCAAUAAUAUUUACCUCAGUCAUGAAAUCAGGGAAGUCCAGCUGGAAAGCCAUCAACACUUGUAUCACUCAUAUAAUCGUCAUGACAUUUAGUUUAGUGUUAGUUUUGACAGCUUUUGUUUCAUAUCGAACUAGAAAUGCUUUUUCUCCUAAUAUCCGUGUUUUUUUUAGCACAAUGUACGUACUUUUCCCAAGCUGUUUUAACCCAAUUAUAUAUGGGGUUAGGACUAAAGAAAUCAGACUGCAGUUUUUAAAAUUAUUUAAACAUGUAAAAGUCUUAGCUCAGUAAAUUAGAGAUGUGUAAACUGCUUACUAAUAUAUUAUUAAACAUGGUAAAUUAAUUCCAGCAUGUGUUAAUAAGUUAAGACUUUCCUCUCCUGUGUAAAUGGCAGGUUGCCUAUUGACUUAUUAUAUACUGUACAGGUAUGGAAUAUGUGUAUGCUAUGUAUGUGUAUGCUGUAUGUAUACGUUUGAAGUAAUAAAAAACAUGGUGCUGUA